GAUGAUAAAUUGGGGCUUGAUAAUCGAGAUGUUACACCUCAACUCAAACAUUGUAAUGGCGAAUGUAUUAUGCCGAAGUGGCAAGUGUGCAACGCCGAUUUAAAUUAUUUGAUUGAGAUGGGGAACAAAGUUGUCAACGCACCCAGGACAGUGGAAGAAUAUGGUCGCAGUAUGCAGUAUGUUUUCUCUCACGCCGAUGUAAUUGGAAGGGGAUCGUUCGGAGUGGUCUACAAAGCCAGAGUUAUAAAGCGUGGUAUUUAUGCAGGAGGUUUCGUAGCUGUCAAGGUGGUCCAUUUCGGUGGUCAUUUGGAAACUGCUGACAACCGCGACAGCUGGACGGAAUCCCUGAAAAGGUUAAGAAGGCUCACCGAACUGGUUAGCGAGCACCUCGUUGCUUAUCAUAAAAUAUCCAUCACCAAAACUUCCGGGGGAGUGACCGUUGAGCUGGCAAUGGACUGCCACAAAGGUGACCUUGCUUCUAUCUUAAAAGAAGCUGAGAAAAACGGAAAUAUUCUGAAUAGUUACCAAAAGAUCAUCCAAUUCGCUAAGGACAUAACCCAAGGACUUGAAUUCUUACAUCAGAAUGGCUUAAUUCAUGGCGACUUGAAGCCGGAAAACAUCCUCGUAAAAAUUCUGAAUGGUGACCGCGAAAAGCUGCUGAUCGGUGAUUUGGACGAUUUAGUUGUGAUGCAAGGAAACACAACUUGUUCUGCGGAUAUUUCGCAUUUGCGCGGUACGACACGCUACAUGUCACCAGAAAUGCUAAAAAGGUUUUCUCAGGAAGGGACAGAGGCGCCGGGACGGAAAACUGAUAUUUGGAGUAUGGGAUGCAUAAUCCUGGAAAUGGCCGAAUGUCGUGAAGGACAACAUGCACUCAAAAAACGACUAGCGAAAGAUGGAAAUAUUGUGCAUGCUGGUAAUGGUCUCACUCAUCAACGGUAUGCCACGCUGAUAAUUGACGGCUACGUGCCACUGGUGGGCGAUCUCAUUGAACAAGACUUUGGGGAUCUCAUCCGGCGGUGUCUGCACCCAGUUAGCACAGACAGAAUUUGCGCAACAGCGCUUUUGCAAGAGUUACGGAAAAAGGAAGUUAUGAUCGUGUUUCUUGCGUGCAGUGGGUGCUCCAUUCAAAAUUUACUGAUAUUUGAUCCCUCAUCUCAAUGUCUUCAUGUUCGAGGAACGAUCAGUGAGCCCACACUUCCAGACCUUACAUCGCGAUACUGGUUUCAGUCAGCAGCAUCGGAAAAAGAAAUAUUAUUUAUAACCAGCUUCGAGGACUUACCGGUGGAAUUCAGAUUCUGGGAUAUAAGCAAUGGAACUUGCCGUAAGCUAGAGCCUUCGUUGAACAUAUAUUAUCCCAUGGGCCCGAUAGUGGUAGAUGACAAGAUCUAUUUUUGGGACUAUUUCGAUGUAUUUCAAGCAAUGGAUGUUUCAACUGGCAGAGUUAGCUUUCUCAAUUCGACCACAGCUUAUGCUGACUUAGCUGCCGCACAAGCAGUGGCCAAAUAUGAUGGAUACAUAUUUUAUGCGACAUGCCUGACCCUGUUCCGGUAUGAUACCACAACGGACAACUGGGAAACGCUGCCCGAUCUGCCCGAAUGGCGAACGCACUUUGCAAUGAGCGUGGUGAACGGAUACCUACAUAUUCUGGGCGGAGAGAUUCGUGUUUCCGAUGCAACAUUUCCAACUACUGGCUGUAUUCGUCUGAAUCUGAAAAGUGCCGCGUGGGAAGAGAUGGCGCCACUUCGGCAACCGAGGAGCCACCAUACAGCAUGCGUUAUCGAGGAUAGAAUAUUCGUGUGCGGUGGCUUAGACGCUGCAGGAAGAAACGCACUGACUAUAGAAUUAAAUGAUUUCAGAAAGAGAACAGGGUGGUUGACCAUCGCCUUGCUUGAAAAGGAUCAACAACUGUUGUCGAACUUUGCUACAAAAUUCCAAAUUUCAAAAACGAUAAUAACCGCCAUUUCUAUCGACGUGGAUCACGCCGUUUCUUCAAACCGUUUUACAAAACAUGGAUUAGAAAAAAUGUCCUGACAACGCUGUUCUAAAGAUAAUGUUGUACUUACUUUGACCAUAAACAGUAAAUU